AUGGAAAGAAUAGAGGACCAGGAUGUUAUGGAAAAAAUAGCCAACAUAACAGGAGACGUAGUAAUCAAAAAUGCACCCUCCGUGAAGAAGAGUGAUGAUAAAAAGAAGAAAAAGAAAAAGAGAAAAAAUUCACCAACGCAGGAGAAGAAGCAAAACAACGGAGUGAAUACCAAAAAGGCAAAAAAUAAAACAGACCUGUUUAAUGAUUUUAAAAUUCAACAGAAGAAGGAAAUAUGUAAAUUUUUUUUUAGGAAGGGAAAAUGUAUCCACAAUGAAAAUUGUACCUACUCACAUGACGUGACACCCAUAUAUAAAAUUUCAAAACUGUGUAAAUUUCUAGUGAAAGGAACAUGUGAAAAAGAAAAUUGUAUUUUUUCCCAUGAUUAUAAACUCUUCUUCUGUCGAAAUAAUGUCAUCUAUAAUUCUUGUUGCAACCCAAUGUGCAAAUUCAAGCACGUUAAAAUAGAUAGCUCAAUUAAUAACGCUGAUCAGUACAAUAUAGAGGUGGAUAAUAUCCUUAGCAAAGAUGACAAAAUUAGGUUUCUCUAUAAUAAUAAAUAUUAUUUAAUGGAGCUAUUAAUUAAUAAGUACCAUAAUUUUGAUAACUUUCAGCAGAAGGAUAUAGAGGGUUUGUCCAAAAAAGAAAACUACCCUUGGUUCAUCAAUGGAAUUAUUGAUAUCAUUAAAUUAGAUUAUAAACUUAGUAAAGUAGACAUUUUUUUAAAAUUAGUAGAGCAGUAUAAACAGAAGGUUCCUCAUACAAAUGGUUCAGGGCCUAGUGGUAUUGAAAAUGUCCAGGCACACGACAAUAAAGAUAUUUGCAGAGACACCUCUAUUAGUGCUGAUUAUACAAAAUUGGCAGAAGAGAAUGUAGAGGGUAGCAAUGCAGAUGGAGAAAAGGGUACACCUUUGAAGAGUGACAAAUCUUCCACAACGAAAGAUAACAACGUCAAUGGGAACAAUGGUGAGGAGAAUUUUAGUGACUAUAAAUUUUAUUCAAGUGACGAGGAAGAAGAUUACACGAAAUACUUAAAUAAGUACUUCGACAUGGAUGGGUAG